AGGAGACACAAGUCCGUCGGGGCUUCGUCCCAAAUCCGGUACAAAAUUGGUGCAGAGCACUACGAGCUGCUAGGGGUAAUAGGCAAUGACAGUCACGAUCAGCCGACGGUCUACGUGGCCAACUACAAACCCGAGAACACAAAGGUCGCCGUGAAGCGUGUGAAUCUGGAACAGUUCCCACACCAAUUGGAGAUAUGUAAGAAUGAGAUGUGGUGCUCCCAGACAUUGAAUAGCCCCAACAUCAGGAGGUGCCACGCCUACUUUCUCAACGGAACGGAGUUCUGGAUGAUCAUGCCGUACAUGGAUGCAGG